UAGAAUAGGUUCGGAACGGCGCGUGUGGAAUCCCCGGCUGUGAAUGCCGGAUCCCGGGAGCUCGGCACGGGAUGGAGAGGUGCUGUCGGACCUGCAUGCCGUGUCUGGCUCGCCUCUGGAACUGCAUAUGGCCCGAACAGCACUACUCGCCGCGUGCGGAGCCGGAGGAGCCCGCCGAGAUCCGCACGGUUGCGGGGGACCUGCGCGUGCCGGAGCCCAAGCGGAGACCCGCGCAGCUGUACGCGGCUCUCUUCGACUUCGAGGCCCGGAGCGAGGAGGAGCUCACGGUGAAGGAAGGUGACAAGCUGUCGGUCAUCGAGAAGCGCGGCGACUACGUGCUGGCCAAGAAACUCACGGGCUCGCUCGAGUCCGGCUUGGUCCCGGCCAGCUAUGUCACCUUACUCAAAGACGAAUUUGCCAAAUACAAGUGGUAUUAUGGGAACAUCAACAGGCAGAAGGCUGAGAAGCUCCUUCUGGCCCAGCAGAACAAGAGCGGCUCCUUCUUGGUGCGCAUCAGUGAGAGCAAUAGUGAUGAGUACACUCUUUCGGUCAGGAAUGAAUCCAAGGUCCUUCACUUCCGGAUCCAGCGCUCUUCCAUCGGGUCUUACUAUGUGUCUUACAAGAUUUCAUUCGCCACGCUCGACGAGUUGGUGGGCUACUACCAGAAAAACUACAAAAGCCUCGGGGUCCCUCUGGUCUUGCCGUGUGCACAGCAGAGGGAGCUGUAUGACAUGGAGCCCUGGGAACAACCGCGGGAGGACUUCACCCUACACAAAAAGCUUGGGCAGGGGCACUUCGGAGAGGUGUGGGAGGCUGUCUGGACCACCGAAAAAAAGCGGGUAGCCAUCAAGAUGCUAAAGCAAGAGGACACGAGGCAGGACGAGUUUGUGAAGGAGGUGCAGGCACUGAAGAGCCUCCACCACCCGAAACUGAUCCAGCUUCUGGCUCUGUGCUCCCGAGGGGAGCCCGUUUACAUUGUUACAGAGCUCAUGACAAAGGGCAGCCUGAAGAACUACCUGGAGUCUCCAGAGGGACAGCUGCUGAUUUUAGCCCAUCUAAUCUACAUGGCCAGUCAGGUAGCCGAGGGCAUGGCCUACCUGGAGGACCGAAGCAUCGUCCACAGAGACCUUGCUGCUCGUAACAUCCUGGUUGGGGACAACCUGGUCUGCAAAGUGGCUGACUUCGGACUCGCACGUAUUAUAAAAGACAGUGUGUACACAGCCAGCAGGAGCACCAAGAUCCCGGUGCGGUGGACAGCCCCAGAGGCAGCCCUGCAUCAGCGCUUCUCUGUCAAGUCUGACGUCUGGUCUUUCGGAGUUCUUCUCUAUGAGAUCAUGACCAAGGGGAAGAUGCCCUAUGACGGUAAGACGAACAAGGAGGUGCUGGAGCUCCUGACCUCGGGGUACAGGCUGCCGUGCCCGGGGAGGUGCCCAUCCGACGUGUACCGCAUUAUGAAGGAGUGCUGGAACUCCGAGAGUGCCAAGCGACCCUCCUUCCACGACCUGCACAGCCGACUGAACCAAAUGUACUCCAGCUUGUAUUAUAAUACCGUACAAGUGUAGAGGAAUGUUCAGAAAGAUGUUUUGCUGGACGGUCAGGACUUUGCCUGUUUCUGUUACCUCAGCAGCCUUUGUGCAGAUGUUUAUUUUUUUACACAAGUCUUUGCUGGUUUAUAUGCAUACUGUCCAAAUAUGAUUUUUUUAAAUGAAAUUUUUCAAAUGAGGAGAUGUGCAAUAUGGACCUUUGCCUCUGAGGGGAAGAGGCAGCGGAAACUCCUGCAUCUUUGUGUGUCCUGGGACUCGGAGGCUGUUGCUCAAACAGGGUGAAGCUCAGCUCAACACACACAGGGUGCCUGUUUACAGAUUUGUGUCUUGUGGACUAGUAUGUGCUAUUAAAAACCUCUUAUGAGAGGGCAAAAACGGUGUAUCUCUGGCAAAAGGGAUUUCCAGGAAAGCAGAUUUUGAAUAACACUCCUGAAAGC